AUCCUUUUGUUCGAUGCCAUGGACAUCGGCUUGGCACCAUACGGUGAGUACUGGAGGUAUGCAAGGAAGCUUUGCAUCGUCCACCUCCUUAGCAAUAAAAAGGUGCAAUCUUUUCGGCUCUCGAGGGAAGAAGAAGUAGCCUUUAUGAUCAAGAACAUCUCUCGAGCUUCUAUUACACCCGAUCCUGUGAACGUAAGUGAGAUCUUGCAUGCCUUCGCAAAUGAUAUGCUCUGCAGAGUUGUUUCAGGUAAAUUCUUUAGAGAAGGUGGGAGGAACAAACUGUUUCGCGAAUUAAUAAGGGAGAAUUCUGCUCUGCUUGGAGGGUUCCAUUUGGGAGACUACUUCCCUUCGUUGGAAUGGAUGGACGUGUUCUUUGGGAUGUGCGCGAGGGCCAGGAGAAAUGCUGAGAGAUGGAGUGGUGUUCUUGACGAGGUGAUCAAGGAGCACGUAGAUCAAGCGAAGGAUGAGAAGCAUGAGAAGGACUUUGUGGAUGUGUUGUUGUCCCUUCAAAAGGAUCCCGGUGUGGACUUGGCUCUCACAAAAGAAGAUGUCAAGGCGCUCUUAGUGGAUAUGUUUGGUGCUGGAACCGAUACAUCUUACAUAGUCUUGGAAUGGGCCAUGGCAGAGCUUGUUCGAAACUCGCAAGCGAUGGAGAAGCUGCAAAAUGAGGUUCAAGACAUAGCUCCAGGAAAAGGCUUGGUCAGAGAGGAGGAUUUAAGUGAGCUGAGCUAUUUAAAAGCUGUGAUAAAAGAAGUUCUACGAUUGCACCCUCCGG